AUGGCCACUUCGGAACAUUUCGUUCAGUCGUUCGUGGUCCAGAUCAAGACGCCCAGGACGUUCACCGUAGUCGCGUCCAUCGUCCAGCCAGCGUUCACCGCUCGGCCGCCUGCACCGGCUGCGGAUGGCCGCGCGACCAAGACCGACAGCGACGUCGGCGCAUGUCCGUCGUCGAGAGACCGUCGACUGUUUAUCGGUCACCUGUCGAGCUCCACCACGUCCGAGCAGCUGAGGAUAAAGUUUUCAGAGUUCGGUGAAGUGGUCAACGUGCGAGUCAUGAGUGGUCACGACCGGUCCGGUAGACCGGCCAAGUUCAACUAUGCUUUCGUCGAGUUCAGCAAGCCUGAUGGUGUGCACGCCGCGCUCGUCAGUCAGCCAAUCAAGCUGAGCAACGGAAAUAGAGUCAACGUGAAACGGCCCAGAGACCGAAGCUGA